AUGCAGCACGUCCCGGAGUCACGCUCACAGACAUUCGAGGAGAUCUACGGACCUCCCGAGAACUUCCUCGAGAUUGAAGUCCGCAAUCCUCAAACGCACGGUACAUCGCGAAACAUGUAUACCUCAUACGAAAUUGUUUGCCGAACCAAUAUCCCUGCCUUUAAGUUGAAACACUCCGUUGUGCGCCGCCGAUACUCUGACUUCGAGUACUUCCGCGAUAUACUGGAGCGAGAGAGCACGCGCGUCACCAUCCCUCCUUUGCCAGGGAAGGUAUUCACAAACCGUUUCAGUGACGACGUCAUUGAGCAUCGGCGGGAAGGACUCCAGCGUUUCCUGCAGAUUGUGGCGGGUCAUCCGCUUCUGCAGACGGGAAGCAAGGUGUUGGCAAGUUACAUACAGGAUCCAAACUGGGAUCGUAAUGCGUGGUAG